UAUUUUUGCCAUUUAAUAAUUGUCGGAGUUUUGGCGUGACAAAUAUUCAAAAAUGGCUUUACAAUUGAAUCGUGAUGAUACUAUUAAUUUGAUACGAAUUUAUGAACAGUAUGAAUGCCUUUGGAAUUGCAGAAAGGAAUCGUACAGAAAUUCUGGUUUAAAAGAGAAAGCAUGGGAAGAGAUUGCAAACUACUUCGAUACAGAUGUACACGAGUUGAAAAAAAAGAUUAAGUAUCUCCGCACAGCAUAUGUAGCCGAACUUAGAAAACUGGAAGAAUGGAAAAGAAAAGCUCCAAAUUCAACUGAAAUAUAUCAGCCUAAAUUGUAUUAUUAUAAGGAUUUCAAUUAUUUAAAUAGUACAAUAAUAAUGAGAAAAAGAGAGUUUAUUGAAGAUGACGAGGAUAACGAUGAUGAAAUAAGUCUAAAAAAGGAAGGCUCAUACGAUGAGUUAAGUAACGAUAACUGCGAACGUCUACAAGAGAGAGAAGCAGUUUGGGAAAAAUGUACUGUCGAAGAUUAUCUAGACGAGGACUUACAACAGCAAGAACCUAAAAAAUUAAGAUUGGCGUCUCAUCCAUGUACCAAUUCGUCAACUUCUGCAAAGAUUUCUGUAUUCAGUACGAAAGAUAAUCAACAUAAACGUUGCUCUAACGAGCCAUUGGGAACAGAUGAUAUGUAUUUAGCUUUUGGAACUAGCAUAGGUUUACAACUGAGACAUCUGAAACCUGUUAAUGCAGCUAAAGCUAUGGCAAAAAUACAGGGAAUUCUUACUGAUCUUGCUAUUUCAGAAAUCUAAUUAUGUUUUUACAACUAAUUUCAUAUAGUAUUUUUUAGACGUAAUAUUACAAAAGUUUUGUCCAAGAGGGUCCCAGCUUACAUCCAAAUAAGAAGACUCGGAUGAUUAAAAAGGAAAUAGCUUCCUUAUUUUUUAACAACAAGAUUGAUAAAUUGCAAACCCUAUAUUUCAGACAGCUGUAGAAAGAAAUGUAUUUAAGCAUAUGUAAGCCUAUGCAUAAAAGGAAUGUGUUUAUGAAAAAGUCAUUAAGACGAAUAUACCAAAAAGUUAUAAGUUAAAUAUGUGGGAAAAUUUAAGUGAAAAACUGAAACUUUAGGGAGUCUUUGUAAAAAACAAUUCAACUUGGGACUAAACCUUUUAGAUCAAUUAAUAAAUAUGAUGUAUUCUUUAUCAACUAUAUAUUUAAA